AUUCUGCAGUCUCAUGCAAAAAGUUCCAGAGUGGUGUGCAAUGAUAGGCUUGAAUGUAUGGACCAAGGAUUCACUAAGAAGCGGACAGCUUUACUGGCUUUUGAUGAUUCUCACAAUAAUAAGACUAUCAAGUUUGACAUUUCGAAAUCUGUGUGUGAGAAUGAAAAUCAGAAAUGGCUUGAGAAUCUUCCGAAUAAAGGGCAGAAAGAAAGUUUGGAUAUUGAGGAAGGUGAGAUAGUGACUGAAGAACCUCAUAUGGAGCCUUCUGUAUCCAGAAGAGAUGGUUCUGAGGGUGCAGCACUCACUGACAAUACUGUGAAGAAGAGAAAGUCACAAAAUGGAUAUAAUUCUGAACUGCAUACUGGCAAUAUUGCCAGCCAGAAGAUUCUUGAUACAUUAGCUAAGAUGGAGAAACGUGGGGAGCGCUUUAAGCAGCCAAUGAAUAUGAUCAAAGAAGCAGAAAAGACUUUGAAGCUCAAUGCAGACACAGCAGUUAAUAUGAGUGAAAUAAAGCAACAUAGACCAGCUCGAAAGAGGCGCUGGAACGACUGUUAGUUUGGAUGAUUGUGACUUAUGAGGGCUUUGAGUUAUCUCAGAUAUGAUUUAAUAUGAAACAGCAACAGCUAUUAUGAUUAUGAGGGAAAUUCACAUUCGGUAGAAAACCGGUUAAGCUACAAAGUAUUGAGAGUGAUUGUGCAACUGCACUUAAUUUGCUGUCAGCUAGUUGAAUUGAAAACCAUCCUUAUGGUAGAACAUCGUUUUGCUGAUUCUGAAUUGGAAGAGUAGAAGACGGAGAUUGCUCUUUGAGCAUGUCUUCCGGGAAGCAAACCAAGUUGCCAAAUUGUUGGCUAAUGAGGCUCAUAGUUAUAGGGCCCUAUUGGUCGCAGAGUUUUUUUUGGAUAUGAAGUAGUAAUAGGUGGGAAUUCAUUCUUUACUUUUGAUGUAUGAGUUUCAGUAUUUCUUGAAUUUCAUCUAGCCACGUCACGUAACCUGUUCACAUGAAAUCACGUGUCUUUCUUUUGAACUCAUAAUGUGCAUUGUCAUUAGUUUCCCACUUUUCAUAUAAAAAAUUGGUAAAUUAUGUGGUA